AAAUGUGAAAGGAAAUAGUGAAAGGGAUACUGGUAACCUGUUUAAUUUUUUGUGUGAAUAUAAUUCAAUUCAUCCUAUUUCCAUGUUGUUUUACUGUAGGCUAUCACCUUAUUAUGAAAACCGGAUGCAGUCACGUAUACCCUUACGCUAACUUUGUGAAGUCCACGUUAGCUCGACGUUUGAAUGCAGUUUUCACGAAUGACAGAAUGUGGUGGCACCUUUAUAUACUGCUGCAAUAUUAGUUUCGGCGGAUCAUCCAACGGGUAUGCGAGUGUCGGCUGACUUCACAUCAGAAAGCAUCCCCCAAGUACAAUUGUUGGGAUGACCGUCUUAUUUUGAAAAAGUGCGACCGGAAGCACUGUUUUCUCCGUUGUCAACGGGUCACAGACGGUUUAAUUUGACCGUUGUACUUGGGUAUUUUUGAACGGCUAAAAAGGCCGUCAUAUUCUCCCUGAUAGCCUCAGUUGGUACAGCGUGGUACUCUCAACAUGGCAUCCGAAGAGCUGGCGAGGAAGCUGCAGUCGCGCCUGGCCGCUACGCAGGAGGCUACGCAGGAGGCUGAGCCGGGGCCGGAGCCCGAACGGAGCCCGGUCCGAGCCACACAGAGCCCUGUCCGAGCCACACAGAGCCCGGUCCGACCCAAACAGAGCCCGGUCCGACCCACACAGCAAGAGGCCGAGGCAGCCUGCGGCGACUCGUCCGUCGAAUUAUCCGCCAAACUGAGCCGCAGACAGGACAUCAACGAGGGCAACGCUGCUCCUCGACUGAGCCGCGUCUUCAACCCGUACACGGAGUUCAAGGAGUUCUCCCGCAAGCAGAUUAAGGACAUGGAGAUGAUGUUCAAACGGUAUGACACUGGUAGAGACGGCUUCAUCGACCUAAUGGAGUUAAAGCUGAUGAUGGAGAAGCUCGGAGCUCCACAGACCCACCUGGGCCUGAAGAACAUGAUCAAAGAGGUGGACGAAGACUUUGAUAGCAAGCUGAGCUUCAGAGAGUUCCUGCUGAUCUUCCGGAGAGCAGCAGCUGGAGAGCUGCAGGAGGAGAGUGGUCUUAUGGCUCUGGCCCGGCUGUCUGAGAUCAACGUCUCUACUGAGGGAGUGAUGGGGGCCAAAGACUUCUUUGAAGCCAAGAUGCAGGCUCUGUCCGUUGGCAGCAAGUUUGAGGCUGAGAUUCGAGAGGAAAAAGAAGAACGCAAGCGACAGGAAGAGGAUAAAAAACAGAGACAAGCCGCCUUCAAGCAGCUGCAGUCCGCCUUCUGCUCAUGACUCUCCACUGAAACAGAUCCUGACCUGCACCACCAGUGUCACAGAGAUUUUUAAGAAUAGCAUCUCAUUCCACUUAAUGUUUAAUUAAUGGCAUUAUUCAGAAUUAGGGACGUAAUAACAAAAAUAAAACGAUGCAUUUAAGUAAGUACUAAAAUACUUGAAAAUACCUCAUAACAUGUCACAGGCACGGUUAAUUUAUUCCAGGCUUUCUGCAGCUCUUCCACAGGAAACAAGGCAAAAACACGACUUCAGAUGCGUAAGGAAUAUUUAGAGAAUCAUAGAUUUAUUGUACAUUUCUGUGGAUUUUUUCUUUGUGUCCCUCUAUACAAGAACAGGGAAUUGUACUUGUUCAGGCAAAGUUAAGCUGUGUUCAGUAUGUCCUGCAAAUGUUGUAUGUGAAACGUUUUUUUUAAUGUCAUGUUACAGUUUAGUCACGUGAUCUUAUGAUCCUCACGUUGUUAACACUGUUACAAUGGUUGUAAUUAAAUGGACACCUCCUCUACAACCUGCAAUGUAAUAGAAAUGGUACAGUUAAAGACAAUGUGAAUAACUAUCAUAACAAUUUAAUAAUAGCACAUUUUAAUACGGCGUAGCUUGGAAACAUUUGCUGGCCUAAAAUGAAGCCUUACGCACUUUUGGCCACUAAAUAUCUCUCUACCACUCUGGGCUCAGUUGACUGAUCCAGCACUAAACAAGCUGUGCUCUCACAGCUUCCAUUAAAUAGUGGACAGUAAAGUUGUCAGAAAGGUAAUGAUACUUGGAUACCUUUUUUUUAUACCACGUGUUUUAAAGGAUACAUUCUCUGCUAAUUAAACAUUCAGUAGUAUGGAAAGUACCUAAACUUAAAAAUAACACAUCUGCGGUCAGACUUUCAACUCAAGGCUGCAGGAAUAAAACCAACUGGUGCUCAGCUUGUGGCUGUUCCAGCACUUUCUCCAUCACCUAACCCAGCAUGUGCCUGGAGACAGGUGCACAAGCAGACAGCAUUACAUGAGACAACUGGAUCCUAUUUUGGAUGCCUGAUAAUUUUUUCUUUUUGCACUGGUAUGAAAGGUAUUCUACUAAAGCUUAAAAUGCUGGUAUCAUGACGAGCAAUUAAAAUUAUCUGGAGCAGAUUUUGAUAAUGAUUUGAUGCACAAAAGGUACACUCCCUGAUUCUGAUAUGGUGCCCAAAAUCCCCAGAUUACCACUAAAACUCAACUGUGAAAACUCAAAAUCAGGGAGGUUACCUUUGAAGGAAAGGUUCAAAUUAUGAGGAAAUUACCAUUUUAUUUGCUUCCUUUCUGAGAUUGAGAUGACAGAAGAAGACAGACAAUGACAGACACGUCUCAUUUCUGUGUGUUAAGUACUCAGCUGUGGUUAGCCUAGAUAGCCCAAGACUGGGAGCAAGACAUUUUCUUAUUUGCACUUACAUGCUAUAAGUUUAUGGUUUCAUAUCUAUAGUUCCAUAGCACCUCAAACCACAACUUUUUAUUCCACAUUUCUGUUUAUGUAUAGAUGAAGUUAACGAGCCAUAACAUGUUAAUCAGUGUGUUUCAGAGGGUUUUUUAGAGCCAGGCUAGCUGUUUUUCCCAAUGCACACAGGCUUUAUGCUAAACUAGUUCAGAAAGAAAGCAAAUAAACAUUUUCCCAAAAAUGUUAAACAAUUGAUGUAAAUGUGUAUUUGAUGUCUAAGUCCAACAACAGCAGACUGAAUUUAAAAUGUAUUAGUAAAAGCACAUGAUGGAGGGACAGCUUCUGUUUAAGCAUGCUUACCUGUUGUACCAGGGUUCUGGCUUGUGAUUCUGUUUUUAGGAUCUGAUUUCUCAUAACCCCACCAUUUGCACAGUUGAGUUAUGUGAGUUUGAGUACUAUGGUGUAGUUUAAUAUUGUUUUUAAAGAGCAUGCAAUACAUGCAGUGCAAGUGUUUUAAAUGCACAUGUAAGUGCACAUGUUUAAAAUCAAUUUAGCUUGUUUUCUAUGUAAAUUGAUAUUAGAAAUAUCCUGCAGCUCUGUAUGCAUAAGAAUGGACUGAAGCAAGAUGUGAGCCUUAAGGUUGAGAGUCUUGGGGAGAUAGCAGUCAGGCCAUAGACAGGUUAUCUUAACUGUAAGCAUGAUAAUGAUCCUUUGUCUCAUUCAACACUAGAUGCAAUUGUUUUCUAUGUGACAUAGUUUUGAUUGUCUUUGGAGCAAAGCCCUUUGGAAUCUCUGUGGAACUACAAAAAUAAAUGAAUGGUCAGCAAAAAAAGACAAGUCAAAACUUCCAAAACACUACAUUCCCCAUAAUGCAAUGGCUACAAUCUGGACCACACGCUUUGUUUGUUGAUUAAUGUUGUUUAUAUGGUUUUACAUAAUUAAAUGAAAAACUGGAAGAAAAUGUUUUUAAACUUUAUUUACAGAAUGCAAAUGUGCAAAAGCUUUUGCUUUCUACUGUUAACUUGUAGUCAACAAGCCCAAUGACAUCAUUAUGAUGUCAUCAGGGUCAUUGUCUCUCCCCAGACCUUCAGAAGACAUACAAUUGUUUUCACAGGCAAAAAAAUACUAAUGUACUGCUGUGUAAAAUCAGUGAGGUGCAUUUAACAUUUGAACAUUUGGUCAUUCAUAUGCAUACUUUGCUUAAUCUGUCCACUGUCCACUUCAGUUUUGUAUCUGUGACUCAAACCUUUUUAUACUUAUGUGAACAGUAUCCCAUUCCAUAGCCCAUACACCAGAGUCUGUUAGGAUUAACUGUAUAGGCUUUCCCUCAGCCCUUCCCCUGAAAAGAUGUUCAGCUGUGAGUUGCUAUGGUGAUGCUCAUUCACAGCAUGCCAAAAUCUCCGACAUGUAGCAAUUCUCAGACGGUGUUUAUAGACUUGGACUGGCCACCUAGAGCACAAGUGGCCCACCAGGAGUUUUCCUGGUGGGCCGCUUGACAAAUGGGCCAAUGCCAUGCAAAAUAUACAUAUAAAAAAUUGGAAAUGACACCUCCAAGUCAGAAAAAUAAUUACUUCUUCAUGAUGUGGUCUCAGGAAUUUCUAAAAUCUAUCUACAGCUUUGUACUAUAAUAAAGCGGGGUGGUGGAUGUGUUACCGGCUGAUCAUUGAACCACCUUGUCACAAAACCUCAGAGCUCAGUUCACUGUAUAUCAAGUCAAACAUGUAAAUAUGUGUGGUUAGUAACAGAGACACCAAGAGCUCAGAGUGUAUAACAAGUGCUCCUUCACUUUGCUAUGCAGCUUUGUGAUUAGCGUUAGCUGACAAAUGGGGUUUGUGAUACUGAAAGGUCAAAAGCUCAAUAUUUUGAGAAUGACGCUUAUCAGCUUUCUUUCAGAGAGCGAGAGGAGGAUAUGGAAAUGUUUGCAUGUUAAGUACAGAGCUGGAGACAUGAUGUAGUUGGCUUAGUUCAGUUUAAAGACAGGGAAAAGGGGAAACUGCUCGUUCGGCUCUGUUCAAACUGGGAAAAAAAAUACAACUACCAACACCUGUAAAGCUCACUGGAACUGGACUGGACUAUUUGCAUUCCAGACAAACAUGCUUCACCGAAUUGUUGGGCAGAAGAAUCACAGUUCCACCAUGCAAGUGCCCUGAAAACUACAAAUCUACAAAUUGUUGUUUUACAAUUCAUAUUAUAUACAGAUUAAGAAACAAGAUAUUGGCAUGCAAAUUAAUGA